AGAAGAAGGGUCGCUAGCAGCAGCAUUAGCUUCCUUUGUUAGUGGAUUGAUUGCAGGGGAAUGUGUUGAGUCCAGCUGGAAGCAGAGUUUAUCAGCCAGCAGCUUAAUCCUGCUGGAGAAAUAAUCCCAGAGAUUAAAGAUUAGCUGCGAUGAAGAAGGAGAAGAUGGAUGAUCAGCACAGACUGCUGGAUUUCACCAGGAUCCCCCAGAUCAUCUUACAGCGGAUAGAAGACCAUCAGGAAUAUGUUGGAAAAGAGGAGGUUUUCUUGGAGCAGCGGUUCUCUGAACAGGAGAGGAAUUCCAGGUUGGAACAAGAGGAACCAGAACCUCUGCAGAUAAAAGAAGAGCAGCUAAAGCAAGAAGAUCCCUGGACAAAAGAGGAGACCAUGGAGAUCCCCAUAAGUGAGCAGGAGGAGCAGCUGGUUCUAAAGAAAGAGGAUGGAGAAACAGAAGAGAAACCUUUCCCAUGUUUGACAUGUGGAGAAAGGUUUUUGAAAAACGAACAUUUAGUGGUUCACAUGAGAACUCACACGGGUCAGAAGACAUAUGAAUGUCAGUCCUGUGGAAAAAGCUUCACUCAGAAAUGUCAUCUUAAAACACAUUACAGAACUCACACUGGUGAGAGGCCCUUUGAAUGUCUGUUCUGCGGAAAAAGAUUCACUCGUAAAAGCAGUCUUAAUACACACAUCAAAAUUCACACAGGUGAGAUGCCGUUCGUCUGCACGAUUUGUGACAUACGUUUUGGUCGAAAAAGUCAUUUGUCUAGACACAUGAAAGCUCACACAGGUGAGAAGCCUUUUGAAUGUCUGUUCUGUGGAAAAAGCUUCAUUGAUAAAUACGAACUUAACAGACACAUCAGAAUUCACACAGGUGAGAAGCCUUUCAAAUGUCUGUCCUGUGGAAAAAUCUUCAUUGAUAAACGCAAACUUAACAGACACAGCAGAAUUCACACAGGUGAGAAGCCUUUCCAAUGUCUGUCAUGUGGAAAAAGCUUCAUUGAUAACCAUGAACUUAUUAGACACAUCAGAACUCACAACGGUGAGAAGCCUUUCGAAUGUCUGUCCUGUGGAAAAAGCUUCACUUAUAAAAGCAGUCUUAACACACACACAAGGAUUCACACAGGUGAGAAGCCUUUUGAAUGUCUGUCCUGUGGGAAAAGCUUCAUUGAUAACCGCGAACUUAAUAGGCAUAUCAGAGUUCACACAGGUGAGAAGCCUUUCAAAUGCCCGUCCUGUGGAAAAUGCUUCAUUGAUAAACGUGGUCUUAAUCAACACUUAAGAAUUCACACAGUUGAGAAGCCAUUUUCCUGUAUGAUUUGUGGAAAAAGUUUUACUCAAACAAGUCAUUUGACUAAACAUAUGAGAACUCACACAGGCGAGAAGCCGUUCUCCUGUAUGAUUUGUGGAAAAAGCUUUAGUCAAACAAGUCAUCUGACUAAACAUAUGAGAACUCACACAGGCGAGAAGCCCUUCUCCUGUGCAAUUUGUAGCAAAGGUUUUCAUCAAAAAAGUUAUUUGAUUAGACACAUGAGAACUCACACAGGUUAGAAACAUUUUUCAUGCAUGGUGUGGAACGAUUUAUAUUGAAAUAAAAAGAUUUCACAUAAGAAGUCAAGCAUAGACAUAUGCUCACAAAUGUAUGAAGAUGAUGCAAUAAUGUAAAGCAAAUAACAAUGAACAAGUUGGAGCUGAUCUAACAACUGUUGUGCCAUAUGCCAUGAUCAUACUUUUUGGACAGUGGGAACCAGUGUCCAUAUUUCAUCCUGAUAGGAUGACCAGAGAAGAAAACGCAGCUUUGGUGGAUUACAGCUGGGGGAAUUCUGCAGCCCCCCCUUUUUCAGCAAAAGCAGUCACAUGGGAGCCACCAGAGGUGUGAAAACAUUCCAAUUUCUUUAAAAUUAGUGAAAAGCUAAUUUGAUAAUGUCCCAAAUUCUUCCAGAUAAACUUUGGUUUCA